GGCCUAGCAGGUUGGACGACUACGGAGCCUGCCAAGGGCUAAAAAGCUCUUCGCCCGGUGGGCGGGGCCUAGCUGGGAGUGGGCGGGGCUAACUGGUUGGGCUCUGAACGCGGCUGAAAGGCCGCGUGGAGGGCGGAGCGCGUUUCUCCAGAGGUGGAACCCGAGCGCCGGAACAUUCUGUUCGCACCCCUUCUUUGCCGGCCGGCACUUCGGCCGCACAGUUUUCUCAAGCCUCGAGACUUAGUGAGCAGUGUCUUUCAGAAUUUUCCCACCUUUCUGGCAUAACUAGUUCCAAUGGCUGGGAAUAAAGGAAGAGGACGUGCUGCUUAUACCUUUAAUAUUGAGGCAGUUGGAUUUAGCAGAGGUGAAAAGUUACCUGAUGUAGUAUUGAAACCACCCCCACUAUUUCCUGAUACAGAUUAUAAACCAGUGCCACUGAAAACAGGAGAGGGUGAAGAUUAUGUGCUGGCCUUGAAGCAGGAGUUGAGAGAAACAAUGAAAAGAAUGCCUUAUUUUGUAGAAACACCUGAAGAAAAACAAGAUAUUGAAAGAUACAGUAAAAGAUAUAUGAAAGUGUACAAAGAAGAGUGGAUACCAGAUUGGAGAAGACUCCCCAGAGAGUUGAUGCCAAGAAAAAAAUGCAAAAAAGCAGGCCCCAAAUCCAAAAAGGCAAAAAAUACAGACAAAGACACUUCACUCACUAAUACUGCAGAUGUAUUGAAAAAAAUUGAGGAAUUGGAAAAGAGAGGUGAUGGUGAAAAAUCAGAUGAGGAGAAUGAAGAGAAAGAAGGAAGCAAAGAGAAAAGUAAAGAAGGUGAUGAUGAGGAUGAGGAUGAUGCUGCAGACCAAGAGGAAUAUGACGAGGAAGAGCAAGAAGAGGAAAAUGACUACAUUAAUUCAUACUUUGAAGAUGGAGAUGAUUUUGGUGCAGACAGUGAUGACAACAUGGAUGAAGCAACCUAUUAGCUAUGAAAUUUCUCAAAAAUUUUUAUGAUACAGCUUCUGAACGUUGGGACAGACUUGUUUUCUAUUUUAUUUCUGAUAGGGAGUAAGUAUUUUAUUUUUAUUCCUGUUUUGUUGGACAAAUACUUGUUACUAAAAUAUUCAGAACCACUUUGAGUUUACAUAAUAGUUACCAUACCAGUCAGUAUGACACUCUGACAUUCCUUCCCACACCUCUCAUCCCUCUUAUGUAGUCAAAUGGAUUUUUUUUUGUAUUAUUUGGAUUAGAAUGUGCCUAGAGAGUUUUUGCAUAUUUUAAUCUAUGUAUCCAUACUUGAACAAAUUAUUCUCAUUUAACUGCUGAUCUUUUCUAAAACUACUACUAGUCAUCAUUAUGGAUUUCCAUAAUCUCAAAGUUAGUUUAAUAUUGCACAUGGAGCACUUUAAAAACAAAGAAACUUGAAAAUAAUGUUUUUACUUUUACAUAUGUUCUGUGCUAUUAUGACUGCAUAAACCUUCCUGAGCUCUUACAAGUGCAUAUUUUAUGAGAUGAAAUGUUUAGUGACUGAAAACAUAUGCACAGGGAAAAACGCCAAUCCUAGCUAAAUAAAUUUCACAGCUUACAUCUCAACCAGUACUAAGACCUGGGAUGAAUAUUAGAAAUUCCUGAAUUUGAGACCACCUUCCUACAAUACAAUAUAAUGAAUUAAUCAUCCCACUUACUACAUUAUUCAAAUACUUGGCUUAUCAAAAAUUAGACUGACAUCUUAUUUAAUUUUGUACUGUAUAAAAAUUUGGUUCUACUCUCGUAAAUCUCACUGCAGAAUGCAUGUACGUGAAAUCUGUGAGGUGUAGUGGCCUCUUACAUUUCACAGGACUCAGCUUUCCAACUGAUUUAUGUAACAAUGCAGAAUUAAACUCAGGUCAUUUUGAAAUUAAGAUUAAUCUAUUUUGUUUCAACUAAAAACUAGCUCCCUGCCUUUUUGUUUUAGGGUGUGGGAGAAGACAUCUAAAAAACUUCAGCCUCCAAAGACUCACAAAUGCCAAAGAUUUUCAGGGAAAUUCAUGUUAUAUAUAUGUCAAAAAUGAUUUAUUAGUAUUACCUACCAAAAGAAAAAUUAAUUUUUCCCUCUUGGGAAGAUAUCACCCAGUACCCUCUAACCUGAGAAUCAGCCCUGGAUUCUAUUUCUAACUUUCCUAUGAAAUUCAACCUUGAACUCGAGCCUGGUUAAGUUUUCUGUGCCUUAGUUUCUCCACUUGUAAGCAGUUUCCUAUAAAAAUUGCUUAAAUUUCAAAGUUUACCAUACGUAUUCAUUCUCUCAACUUGUAGAAGUGAUCGUUUUAAAUUUAAAUUUGGUUCUCUCUAAAAAAUUGUAGCUGGGAAAAUGAUUGCAAAUCAUUUGGAGAAACCAACAUGUUUUCCUCACAAAAUAUAUUGUAAUCUGAUUUUCUUUUCUUAUAUUCUGUUGGGGAAAAUUGGAGAAAAUGUGUAUUGCCUUGUGCUGUUUUAUAACAUGGCUUUCUCAGGAAAAAGAUCCCUUUCAAUUUUAAUACUUCCUCAGAUAAUUCAAGAUGAGCGUGAAGGCCAUUAUUCAGUACUGUUGAUCACAUGUGAUUUCUUAUUUAAAUUUGCUUAUCAAAACUUUAAAGAUUCUAAAUGGAAAACAUGAAAACAUUUUAAAGUAGCACUCUACUGUACUUCAGAGUGGAAUCCUCACAGUUUCUAGUUGUAGUAGUCACUUGGGAUUGAUAAUUAACAUAAGUUUUUUUUAGUUCUCUCACCUCUUUAGUACUGUAGCCAAAUACAAUUUAAUUUAUAGAAAUCUUAUCUCUAUAGUUCUGUUUGUUUUAUUAUAAAUCUUCAGAUAACACUUGAGUUGGGCAAAAAUACCAAAGAUACAAGGAAAAUUCCUAGCUUUCGGUUUGUCUCCACCAUUUUAGUCCUGCAGAUGGUAAGGCAUCCCCUUUGGGCAAGGAUUUGCCUUGGGAGGCCCCAGCCAUCUCCAUUUAAGUGCAUUGUCUCCCCCAGUUGGAAGAUCUUUUUAUAAGUUUAAUGUAGACCAAUUGCGAAAACAGGCAGGAAAUAUUUGCAGGUUGCUUUAACCAGCAUGAAUCUUGUUUUUCUGGCUUAAAAUCUCAGAAACUGUGAAGUUAUUCCAUAAGAAGUUAAACUUUAAUGCAGAGAUAAGCCUCUUACGUAUAAAAAAAAUUUGUUGAAGUGUCUUUAAAAUUUCUAUAUAAGAUGCAAAAGUGUUUUG